UCUGUUCCAGCAGCCUUGCUUUCUUUUUUCUCUGACAAGACAGAGCUAGUAUUUGAUUAUAAUAAGAUCUAUCAUUUAUUAUUGCUCAACUUUACUAGUUUGAUCAACUUUGAUCUACUAUUUUGCUCUAAAAGUUAAACCAACUUUUUGAAAAUGGAUAAGUUUCGGAUUAUGGUCCAGUUUUUGCAAGCCAACCAAGAGUCGUUCAUGAAUGGCAUCUGUGGGAUCAUGGCUCUGGCAAGUGCUCAGAUGUAUUCCUCUUUUGAGUUCACCUGUCCUUGUCUUCCAGACUACAAUUAUGCGUAUGGAAUCGGUAUUCUAAUUGUUCCGCCAAUAUGGUUCUUUUUACUUGGAUAUGUACUCAACAACAAUAUAUCAGUGUUAACUGAAGAAUGGAAGAGACCGGUUGGUAAACGCAGGAAGGAUCCGGCGGUUUUGCGCUACAUGUUCAGCUCCAUGACGCAGCGCGCUCUCAUCGCUCCGGUAGUGUGGGUCGCCGUGACUUUAAUGGAUGGCAAGAGCUUUCUUUGUGCUUUCAGCGCCACCGCUGAUUUAUCCGAGUUCCUCAACGAGAGCUAUCCAAUCUUAUCCAAAAAGGAGCUUGUGAAAUUUCAAGCAAGGAUUCCAUGCGAAGACGUAUUUGAUGGACAUGAAAUUAUUUCCAUAGAUGCGGCCACUAGGUAUAUUCGCUGUUUUUCACAGGCCUGUGGAUGGAGCUUUUUAAUGGUAAUAACUAUAGUAGCCUUCUUGAUAAGGGCGAUAAGGCCUUGUUUUACCCAAGCCGCUUUUCUUAAAACCAAAUAUUGGUCGCAUUACAUUGAUAUAGAGCGCAAACUAUUUGACGAAACGUGUAAAGAGCACGCCAAGGGCUUCGCUAAGGUCUGCAUACAGCAAUACUUCGAGAGCGUCAGUGGGGAAAUCGUUCCACAAUCCCAGUUACCCACAAAGAAAGGGAAAGGUAAAAAAGACGAUGAUGAUGGGGAAAAACAGAAGAGUGACGAGGAGAAGCUUCUUGGCAUCCGUAAAGAAGAAGAUAUGAAUAAAGUCCUUUGGAACUGGCAUCUUUGUAAACCCGCACUGAUGCUGACCAAGCGCGCUGAAGAUAUGAAUGGACAUGCGCACUUGGAUACACUCAGCCUCUCAAAAGAGUGCAACCAUCACACACCUGUGAAAACGACAGCUGUGGCUUACUACUCCAAAGUCUGACUUCGCCUGAAUCGAAUGAAGUGGUAUUGCAGUAAUCACUGUUAAGAUCUCGUUUCUAUUUAUUG